CCAGAUUGGCACAACCGCAAACUUCCAGCUGGCGCUGACGAUUGAUUACCCUCUAGCUCAGAGCAGCGCUUCUCUGCUCUGCUAACUCCUUUUUCUGGAAACUACUCAAACAGAAUUUGAAUCCUCAUGCUUUUCUUCUGGUUCCAUAGCUCAGUCUUAGACUCUCAGUGUCGUAUAGUUUUGCAAAAUCUGAUUGUAACUCCUUCCCAGUGUUGACCCAUUUCCGAUUCUGUGAAAUUAUUCAUGGCUUCCCACCCCUCAUUGUAUUUCUCUUUUUCAAUUCUAUGAAUCUCCCUGGUUUCACUCGCCAUUUCGGGUGUAAAUAUUUGCGCUGACUUAGAUAGAGUGUUCUUGUUUCGUGCCCGACGAUGACGAUCGUUAUGCAGUCCGCGCCAGGAAGCUCAGGGUAUUUAGAUUUACACCCUGAGAGGAAAGUGUCUCUUUUCAAGAACCCUUAUAUUCUGGGACUCACUGCCGCUGCCGGCAUCGGGGGACUGCUCUUCGGUUACGACACAGGUGUUAUAUCAGGAGCCCUUUUGUAUAUCAAAGAUGAAUUUCAGGAAGUCAGAGACAGUAAUUUUCUACAGGAAACAAUUGUCAGCAUGGCAGUGAUUGGUGCUAUCAUUGGAGCAGCAGCAGGCGGUUGGAUCAAUGAUGCUUAUGGAAGAAAGAAGGCCACACUUAUUGCCGAUGUUAUUUUUACUAUUGGAUCGGUUGUCAUGGCUGCUGCACCAGAUCCUUAUGUUCUCAUAUUGGGUCGCCUUUUGGUUGGUCUGGGUGUAGGCAUAGCUUCUGUCACUGCACCUGUGUAUAUUGCAGAAGCAUCUCCAUCAGAAAUAAGAGGAGGGCUAGUAAGCACAAAUACACUCAUGAUAACUGUGGGACAGUUUCUUUCCUACCUCAUAAAUCUUGCUUUUACGCAGGUCCCAGGGACUUGGCGAUGGAUGCUGGGAGUUUCAGGUGUGCCGGCAGUUAUUCAAUUUGUCUUCAUGCUUUUCCUACCUGAAUCCCCUAGAUGGCUCUUCAUGAAGGACAGGAAAAAUGAAGCUAUUAAUGUGCUGUCUAAGAUCUAUGACUUUGCUCGGUUAGAGGAUGAAGUUGAAUUUCUUAGAGUUCAGUCAGAGCAAGACCAUAACAAAAUGAGGGAGAUCAGAUAUUGGGAUGUUUUUAAAUUUAAAGAAAUAAGACUUGCAUUCCUUGCUGGAGCAGGGCUGCAGGCUUUUCAGCAGUUUACAGGUAUAAAUACAGUUAUGUACUACAGCCCAACGAUUGUCCAAAUGGCUGGCUUCCACUCUAAUGAGCUGGCUCUUCUCCUAUCCCUCGUAGUAGCUGGCAUGAAUGCUGCUGGCACGGUUCUUGGCAUCUACCUUAUUGACCAUGCAGGCAGGAGAAAAUUGGCUCUUUAUAGCUUAGCUGGAGUAAUCACAGCUCUGAUCCUCCUAACUAUGUCAUUUUUAAACCAAACAUCUGACUCUACAAAUGGAUUAUAUGGGUGGCUUGCGAUUUUGGGUUUAGCCCUAUAUAUUGCCUUCUUUUCGCCCGGGAUGGGGCCUGUACCAUGGACCGUAAACUCAGAAAUAUAUCCUGAAGAGUAUCGUGGAAUAUGUGGGGGAAUGGCGGCUACUGUAAAUUGGGUUUCAAACUUGAUUGUGGCUCAGUCGUUUCUUUCAAUUGCUGCGGCUUUAGGGACUGGUUCAACCUUCUUGAUUAUUGCUGGUAUAGCUGUGCUCGCUUUUCUCUUUGUGGCCUUGUACGUGCCAGAAACCAAAGGAUUAACAUUUGAUGAGGUGGAGCAGAUAUGGAGGGAAAGAGCUUGGGGCAAGGACCCAACCACGCACAGCCUUCUUCAACAUGGAAAUCAACCCUAGCAGGGUAACAUUUCUCAUGUUCAUUCUCUACGUACAUGUUAUGGCAUGGUGAGGGGAUAUGUAUGUAUGUAUGUAUGUAUUCAUGCGUCAAUAGCUCUGGGACAAGAAGAGAAAUGUUGCCGAAUGAGGGAAGGGAAGGGGAGAUUUGUGUGAGGAAAUAGUGUAUAGAUGAGAGCAUGCAAAAAUGAUUGCCAAGUGGAAGUGGGGUUAUUGGCAUAUUCAUUUUAAGAGAAGGUAAUUGCGACGACACUGGUUUGUAUUUGUACUGAUAAAUGUAAUCAUCCAUAUUCUUUCAAACAAUAAAUUUUCAGGUGGCCGGAUAA